AUGCAUGGGAUCGUAUCGAAGAAAAUAACUAUAAAGCUAUUUUUGAGUGGACAUGGGAGAAUGAUAAGCAAAAAGAAAAUAAGCCAGACAGUGGAAUCCAUGAGGAGAGGUGCUUUGUUCAUCCAGGAAGAAAAGAAAUUAGAACCGAAGUUGGUGCACAUUUUGGACGAUGAUGAAUCUGAAGAGCCUGAACCUCCAUUAAUAAGGCGUAAAAGAAAUCAUACUGAGAAGGAUAAAAGGUCGUCAUCAACAGUGCAUAUGCAACUAGAUGAAACUGCGCCUGAAACAAAUGAACUUUGUCAACUAUCUCUUGGAACAGUUGGAGACCUGAAAGGGGAUAGGUCAGUGAUCGGUGAUACCAAUUCUAAUGGGAAAGCUUCUGUCUUUGAGAAUGGAACUCCUGUUGUUUCGCAGACAUUAGACUUGCACCAGAAUUCUUAUCAUCAAGAGCUACAAUAUGAAUCCCCUUUUGCUGUGAUCCAUCUAGAUCAAUAUCUCACUAAUGGCAAAAGCUCUAACAAUCUUCAAACUCAUGCUCAUGUUGAUGUUUGCAAUGGUAAAGAUGUUGGAAACUCAUCUGUUGAAAGUGAAAAGAAGUUUGAGGGGUCUAAUCAAUCCAAACAAUCUCCAAACUCAUGCAUUGGACUUCCCAAGUACACCGUUUUUAUUGAAGAUAUAACACGAGGUGAGGAGAGCAAUCCAAUUUCAUUGGUGAGCGACAGUGGUAGUAGCUCUUUGAAGUUGCCCAAGUUUUUCUACAUAUCAAGGAACAUAAUUUUCAAAAACGCUUAUGUGAACUUUUCACUUGCACGAAUAUCCGAUCAUAAUUGGUGUUCAAAUUGUUCUGGAGACUGCCUCUUAUCUCCGGCAAAUUGCGCCUGUACCGGCGAAACUCGGGGCGACUUUGCUUACACAAGUGAAGGAGUGGUUGAGGAGAAAUUUUUAGAUGAAUGUAUAGGCAUGAGCCAGAGGAAACCCAAGAAAUACAAUCUCUAUUACUGCGAAAAUUGUCCAUUGGAAAACACUUCGGUUACAAAUGGUAAGCACCAGAAACGAAAGAAUCCCAAAAGGGCUUGUAAGGGGCACCUGAUGAGAAAAUUUAUUAAGGAGUGCUGGGCUAAAUGUGGAUGCAGUAGGAAUUGUGGAAAUCGUGUUGUUCAGAGAGGAAUUAAAGUGAAAUUGCAGGUGUUCCAAACAGCCCAAGGAAAAGGAUGGGGACUUCGAACACUUGAGGAUAUGGAGAAAGGAACGUUUGUGUGCGAGUACGUUGGUGAAAUUGUCACAAAUCAGGAACUACAUGAACGCAAUGAGGAAAGUUGGGGAGAGGAACAUACGUAUCCAGUGCUUCUUGAUGCAGAUUGGGCGUCAGAAAGACACUUGAAGGAUGAAGAAGCACUUUGUUUGGAUGCAACAAAAUUUGGAAAUGUUGCAAGGUUUAUCAAUCACAGAUGUAACGAUGCAAACUUGGUGGAGAUUCCAGUGGAAGUGGAGACUCCUGAUCAUCACUAUUAUCAUAUUGCUUUUUUCACAAGCAGAAAGAUCAAGGCGAAUGAAGAAUUGACUUGGGACUAUGGCAUUGAUUUCGAUGAUGAAACUCAUCCAAUCAAAGCAUUCGACUGCAAGUGUGGAAGCUUUUUUUGUUGCAUGAAGAAUCGGUCUUCGCCUUAAUUAGUAUGAGCUUAAAGCCAUAUCAAUACU